AGAUAGCAUAUCACAGAUGAGACUAAUCAAUUCAUUGCUGAAUCUUAGAGAGAGAGAGAGAGAGAGAGAGAGAGAGAGAGAGAGAGAGAGAGAGAGUGUGUGUGUGUGUGUGUGUGUGUUUUAGAGAGAGGAAGAAUGGGGAAGAGCCAAAUCUCAGACCCUCCGAACUUGAAGAAAUACGGUGUUCCCUUCUACUCCGUUGCUUGGAUUCCCCACCGCGUUCUCAAAUCUCGCCACAACCAAACCUCCGAUGAAUCCUCCGCCGCCGAUCAGAGCUCAACGCCGACGAAGGAGGCAGAGCCGCCGACAGAGGAGCUUGCCUCCGGAAACUACCUCGUGUUCGCCGGUGGCGGUGGAGAAGGCCGCAGCGGUAUCCCCAAUACGGUGCUGCUUGCGCACUUCGAUGUUGCGUCGAAUUCUCUCUCCGAUCAACCGGUGAAUAAGCUAGGAACCGGUUCUGAGUUGCCUUAUAGAAUGGCUCUUCACCCCAAUGGAGAUGGCAUUAUUUGUGCAAUGCCAAACAGUUGCAGAUGGUUUGACUGGGACCAAGACCAGAGUUCUGAAUCUCAUAAGGUGGGUCUGAAGACAUCAGAGAAAGAGCUCACUCAGUUGCAGGACGUUGGACAACAGUUAGCAUUGGCAUUCAGCAGUGAUGGAACAGAACUAGCUGUUGGUGGGGAGGAUGGCAAUCUAAGGGUUUUUAAGUGGCCUAGCAUGGAAAUUAUUCUCAAUGAGUCUAAAUCUCAUUCUACUGUGAAGGACUUACAUUUCAGUUCCGAUGGUAAAUUGCUAGUCUCUUUGGGAAGUGGUGGCCCCUGCAGGGUCUGGGAUAUUUCUUCGUCAAUAGUAUUAACUUCUCUACCAAAUGAAAAUCGUGAAACUUUUAGCUGUUGUAGAUUUUCUCAAAUAAGCGAUGGAACCCAGGUUCUAUAUAUUGCUGUGGUCACAGAUAAAGGUGGAAGCAUUCUGACUUGGAAUACGAAGACAUGGGAAAGGAUGAGCUCAAAGCAUAUUACUCGCGAUACAAUCUCUGCGUUGAAUGUCUCAGCUGAUGGGAAAUACCUUGCAUGUGGAACACCUUCAGGAGACAUUGUCAUUGUAAAUUCUACAAAUAUGAGGAUUCAUACUAUGGUUAAAAAGGCUCACCUUGGCAUCGUAACUGCUUUAGCUUUCUCCCCUGAUUCAAGGACCUUGGCUUCCAUAUCCUUGGAUUCAAGUGCAAGAGUAACGAAAAUUGAAGAGAAGAAAGAAGGAGGAUUUAACUUGUGGAUUGCAAUGUUUAUCAUCCUGGUUGCAAUAGCCAUUUACUUCCUAAAGGUUCAUGGAAUUUUAAAGUGAAGGUUUCAAAUUUCAAUAGUACUUUAUUUAGACAUAAACCAAUUUUCAUCUUUUUUUCGGGGGGUGUUUUCCGUUUACCUGAUCUUUCCCCCCCGCCCCACAUAAUGGCGUUGUUCCUUUGUCCAUAUAGUGCCUUGUAUCAUGGACUGUAAUACUGUCGCAUGUUGUGUACAAUUUUUUACAGUAUUAUGAGCAUAUUUAUUGCAAUCCAGGUUUGAUCC